CGGGUUGCAGUAAAAAGUGGCGAUUGGAUAAAAAAUUAAAGAUGGAAACUUGACAAAAUCUAGAGAGGAAUUUCCAUUUUUUUUAUAUGGUCAAACUUUGUAGCGUCUUACUGGCUGGCAGGGAUGGUUAUCAGCACAUUGAUUUUGUAUGUACACAGUAAUGUUCGGGAAGCCGAAAGCCGGCUCUUUUUCACUUCAAAAUCUCUUUCUUUGUUUCUCUUUCUAGCAUCUCUGCUUAGCCAAUACCAUCUCUAAAGUUUUUAUCUAUAUUGGGUUCAUUUUGUUCUGUUUGGUGGGAGUUAAAUAGAUGUUUUGUUUUGUUUUGCAUUGAAUAUGAACCGUUGAUUGAGUGUAAAAAAAAUCUUGUUUCUUUCUUUUUUCGUAUAUUGAUUCUUGGGAAGACAAAGAUUUGAAUAGGUUUUGACUUGAUUUGAGGAGAUGGGUUGUUUUCCUUGUUUUGAUUCGAGGGAAGAAGAGAAGUUGAAUCCAGUAAAAGAAUCGGAUGUUCAAAAGCAGGGCCAACAUACUGUUCCUGAUAACAUUUCCAGGUUGCCUACUGGAAGAGAGAGACUCAGAGCAAGAAACAAUGCAGGGUCUAAAAGGGAAUUGCCAAUUCCUAAGGAACUUCCUGGUGGUGCCAAUAUCGCAGCUCAAACAUUUACUUUCCGUGAGCUUGCAGCUGCAACCUGGAAUUUCAGACCAGAAUGUUUCAUAGGGGAAGGGGGUUUUGGACGUGUGUACAAAGGGCGGCUUGAGAGCACUGGCCAGGUUGUUGCUGUCAAACAAUUGGAUAGAAAUGGACUUCAAGGCAAUCGAGAAUUUCUGGUGGAGGUCCUCAUGCUCAGUCUUCUUCAUCAUCCAAACCUAGUGAAUCUGAUUGGAUAUUGUGCUGAUGGGGACCAGCGGCUUCUUGUCUAUGAAUUUAUGCCCUUAGGAUCUUUGGAAGAUCAUCUUCAUGAUCUUCCACCGGGCAAGGAACCACUUGAUUGGAACAGAAGAAUGAAGAUAGCAGCUGGUGCAGCCAAAGGUUUGGAAUACCUUCAUGAUAAAGCAAACCCUCCAGUUAUUUAUAGAGACUUUAAGUCCUCCAACAUAUUACUUGAUGAAGGAUUUUUUCCUAAGCUUUCUGAUUUUGGGCUUGCAAAGCUUGGUCCGGUUGGAGACAAGUCACAUGUAUCCACCAGAGUUAUGGGAACAUAUGGUUAUUGUGCUCCAGAGUAUGCUAUGACUGGUCAAUUAACAGUAAAAUCUGAUGUCUAUAGUUUUGGGGUGGUCCUCUUAGAGCUGAUUACAGGACGAAAAGCCAUUGACAGCACCCGACCACAUGGAGAGCAGAACCUAGUCACAUGGGCACGUCCAUUGUUCAAUGAUAAAAGGAAAUUUGCUAAAUUGGCUGAUCCACAACUUCAGGGCUGGUACCCAAUGAGGGGUCUCUAUCAAGCUCUAGCUGUGGCAUCAAUGUGCAUCCAGGAACAGGCUGCCACUCGUCCUUUGAUUGGGGAUGUGGUCACAGCCCUCUCUUAUUUGGCAAACCAGGGGUACGACCCUAAUACAACUUCACAUGGCUACAAAGGCUCUGGGGAUAAGGAUGACAGAAGAAGCAGAGAUGAUAGAGGUGGAAGAAUUUUAAGAAACGAGGAAAGGGGAGGAUCUGGACGCAGGUGGCAAUUGGAAGCGUCAGACAAGGAAGACUCUCCAAGAGAAACUGCUAGAAUUUUGUGCAGGGAUUUAGAUAGAGAACGAGCUGUUGCUGAGGCCAAAAUGUGGGGAGAGAAAUUGCGAGAACAAAUGCGACAAACCACCCAAGGCAGUUUUGACGGCAAUAAUGGGUAGUUUACCACUCUUAGCAUUCUUAUCAGACAGUGGAAGAAACAUGGGAAGCUUAGCUUUAAUUUGAGCAGGUUCAUCGAAACAGCUUGACAAUGCUUCUUCUUACUUCUGAGCCUGCACAGAUUAUGAGAGACUUGUUGCAGCCAUGUUCAAACCUUUUUGUUUUCGUGCUUAUCGUUUUUUAUUUUCUUUGAUUGGAACAUAGAGGACGAAGAUGAUUAUGAUUAUGUAAAAGAGUGUACAUUAUCUACUAGGAGACUGGAAGCAGAACGAGGCGAAUUUAUAAAAAUUUUGAUAGUAAA